AUGAACGCCGUCUCAUGCACAUGGAGGGGCGCGCAAGUGUGGGCCGGGUUCGCCGUGCUAGACUGGAAGCAGACUCUUGGCGGCCUGGAGCCUGAACCUCGGAUAACUGAGCAAGGCGGUGGGGACUCGAGAAGCCUCAGUAAUGGUCCCUACGCAAUUGGCUAUCAGGUCCUGCGGACAGCCCUCUACAAGCUUGACGCCAGGCUCACUUUAUCCUGUCGCCUGGUCCUAAUCGCCAAGACGAUAUGUGGCGGCAGACGGUCGCAGGCCUGCCUACUAUUAACCUCUUCGUCUCUGGGCUCUCAGUUCGCGAAUUCGAACAAACCAGAGAGUGCGGAUGGGAGGAAAUUGAGGUGGACCUUCAAGCUUACUCCAUAA